CGAGCGGCAGCUUGGAGGAGUGGGAGCGCCUGAUGAGGACGAUGGGUUCGGGGGUCUCUGCCACGGACAACCCCUUCACUGAAGUCAUGGGGCUCGUGACACGCAUGUACAAACAGACCGCCAUCGCUAAGGCCGGAGCAGUGAAAGACUACAUAAAGAUGCUGCUGGAGACUGAGAAGUUAAAGUUCCUGGUGUUCGCUCAUCACCUGACCAUGCUACAGGCAUGUACCGAGGCUGUCAUCGAAGCCAAGGCCAGUUACAUCCGUAUCGAUGGCAGUGUUCCGUCCUCAGAGCGUAUCCACUUGGUUCACCAGUUCCAGAAUGACCCUGAGACGCGUGUGGCCGUCCUCAGCAUACAGGCUGCUGGGCAGGGCCUGACGUUCACAGCGGCCACUCACGUGGUGUUUGCUGAGCUGUACUGGAACCCUGGCCAUGUGAAGCAGGCUGAGGACCGGGCGCACCGCAUCGGACAGACCGCCUCCGUCCACGUGCACUACCUCAUCGCCAAGGGAACCUUUGACACCGUCAUGUGGGGCAUGCUCAACAGGAAGGAAACGGUAACGGGCAGUACUCUGAACGGUAAGAAGGAGUACUUAAAGGCAGAGUUGGGGGAUAAGGACAAAUGGGACUUCCUGAAUUUCGCCGAGGCGUGGACACCAAGCGAGACGACCCUGGCAGCAGGAGGAGUGGUUGACAAUGACAAAGAUCCUGUGUUCUUUAACCAUUUUGAGAAGGACAAACAGCACGACAUACGUUCGUUCUUCUCUCCGGACGCGGGUAAAGAGAAGAAGAGGAAAAGAACAGAGGGUGAGGUUUGCCCAUGCCCCGUUACCCCCUCAGAGAAGGAGGGUUCUAUAGAUGUGGAGAACUCAGAGAGUGACAAGGAGAAAAACUACAACUCCCAAGAUCCCCCUGACCUCCAGGACCUAGACUUCUCUCCCCAGGUGAAGAGGCUGCGGUUGCCCACCUCCACCCUCACCCCCAGCGCUACCCACAGCCCCAGGUCUCGUCUUGGGGGGAAAAGGAGGUCCCUCCAUGGGGGGAGAGACACCAGCAGCAGCCCCCUGGCCUCUCUGUUUACCCCCCGUCGGCUCUCUGAGAAAGGGACCCCGAAACCAAGGUUGAGCCCCAGACCAGGACCACCAGAUCAGGGGAAGGGAGAUCAGUGGAGCUGUGGGGCCUGUACUUACUCCAACAGCAUCCUGCUCCUUUACUGUGAGGUGUGUGAGUCCCCACUCCACAGGCCCAGCACUGCUCCAGACACACAAUCUACAGGUUCACCUGCUGUGUCCCCAGGCUCCAGGCCUGAUCAGUCCACCCCUAGAGAACACCCCUGGAUCGUCCUUACUGGGUCGGACAGCAAGCAGGAGGACCCCCCCUGUCCUGGUCCUGCCUCUCCCGGGACAACUGAACCACAGACAGACGGUCAAGAGAGAGGGCAGGAGGAGGAGAGACAGACAGACGGUCAAGAGAGAGGGCAGGAGGAGAGACAGACAGACGGUCAACAGAGAGAGCAGGAGGAGGAGAGACAGACAGACGGUCAACAGAGAGAGCAGGAGGAGGAGAGACAGACAGACGGUCAACAGAGAGAGCAGGAGGAGGAGAGACAGACAGACGGUCAACAGAGAGAGGAGGAGGAGAGACAGACAGACGGUCAACAGAGAGAGCAGGAGGAGGAGAGACAGACAGACGGUCAACAGAGAGAGCAGCAGGAGGAGGAGAGACAGACAGACGGUCAACAGAGAGAGCAGGAGGAGGAGAAGCUCAAAGGCAAACAAUCACCAGGAGAGGACCAGUCAGGCCCUCAUGAGCACACUGAUGCCCAGACAGACAGUGUAUUUAGUCCUGCUGAUGGUGAUGCUACGGCCAGUCUCCCCCUGUACCCCAACAUGAAGUUCUGCGCCAGCAAGAACACUGAGCGUAUCUACCUUUACUCCCAGGAGGACAGUCCACUGCACUGGAAUUUCAUUCCUCUGGACAUUAAACUGGACAGCUGGGAGGACCUGCCUGAAGCCUUCAGACGCAGAGAGAACAGGACACAGGUACUGAGGUUUGUUCAGCAGUGGAGCACUCUGACAGCCAUGAAGCAGAGACUGAUCCGCCGCAGUGGUCUCCUGUUCUGCAGCCCAGUCCUGGUCCUGGACCAACUGACCAGCACCCAGCGCAAACACAGCAGCACCAAGAGGUAUCUAACCAAAGAAGAUGUGUCCCAGGCCUCUCUCAGUAAGGCCCAGUGUGAUGGAGGAACUGUCCGCAUGGUCAACAAGGAGAUCUUCUUCACCAAGAGGAGAACUGCCUCUAUGUCCCGACCCAACACCUCUGCCUCCGUCCCAGAGAAACCAUCCGAGGUGCACCCAGAGCCUCCUGUUGGUGCUCCUGAGGGCCCGUCAGAGGCUGAAGCUGGGUACCUGCAGGUGCUGGACAGUGAGGGUCGACCCUUGUGUCUGUCCUGCCACAAGGCCUGUGGGUCCACCGGAGGAGCCUGGGACACCUGCUUCUGUAGCCAGACGUGUCAGGAGGAGUUCCAGCUGCGCUCCAGCCAGGCCUACAUGCGUGCCCGGGUACUGCAGACGGAGCAGGGGGUGUGUCAGAGCUGCGGCCUGCAAGCCCACCAGCUGUACCUGAAGGUCCGCGACGCCCCGCCCACACACAGGAAGGAGAUGCUAGAGAACACCGGGCUGGCCCAGCUGUCACUCAAACAGCUGAAUGAGAUGAUCCGUGCCCCCGUGGAGGGUCAGUUCUGGCAGGUGGACCACAUCCGACCUGUCUACAGUGGGGGAGGACAGUGUUCCCUGGACAACCUACAGACACUCUGCACUGUCUGCCACAGAACCAGGACAGCUCAGCAAGCCAAGGACAGAAGCCAGAUGAAGAAAGGACUGGCAGCCUCCAAGGUGGCUUCAGACAUCACUCGCUUCUUCAUAAAGAAAUGAACAUUAAAACCAAAUGUUUUCCUCAACCAAGGAAGGAGGGAAAGUUGGAGGAGUACUGAGUGUCAUAGGAAGGAUGUUUCUUCAGUGUGUUGUCAUCUCUGUGAAGAAGGCUACAUGUCACAGUUGGUUCUCAAUGCUGCCACUGCUGUCCGUGUUAUGGAUUCACCAGCAAUCCAAUGUAGAGGAACAUCGCCUCCUUCCUUUCAUUUCAUCAUGUUCAAGUUGGAUCAUUGAGAGUGUUGAUGUGAACACUGUUCUUUCAGGGUUGAUUUUUUUUUGUUGAGUUACCUGAAUAGAUUUUUACUAAACAAUGCUGCCUGUAUCAAAUGCAAAUGUUCCAAAUGAGCAGCUCCGCUCCUUCCCAUGUUGUCCCCAAACCGUCAGCAGUGAGCCUGGGUUGAUUUAUAACGGGCUUAUCUAGCUCAGAUACAGGCUGAACUGAACCAAGCUGGGCAGGCUGCUGCCUGUUUGAGUUGCCAGCCUGCCUGCAUGCCUGCCGAGCGCUCGCUGCUAUUUUAAGUUGUGCAAACUUGGUAGAAAAACCCUGAUAUGUGUGAUGCUCUAGUUUACAUCUUGACAGGAUAUCACAAGUGUUUUCCUUCAUGUCCUCUACAUGUAGUCUAGUUGAUAGUCUUUAUGUCUGUCCUCUACAUGUAGUCUAGUUGAUAGUGUCUUUAUGUCCUCUACAUGUAGUCUAGUUGAUAGUGUCUUUAUGUCCUCUACAUGUAGUCUAGUUGAUAGUGUCUUUAUGUCCUCUACAUGUAGUCUAGUUGAUAGUGUCUUUAUGUCCUCUACAUGUAGUCUAGUUGAUAGUGUCUUUAUGUCCUCUACAUGUAGUCUAGUUGAUAGUGUCUUUAUGUCCUCUACAUGUAGUCUAGUUGAUAGUGUCUUUAUGUCCUCUACAUGUAGUCUAGUUGAUAGUGUCUUUAUGUCCUCUACAUGUAGUCUAGUUGAUAGUCUUUAUGUCUGUCCUCUACAUGUAGUCUAGUUGAUAGUGUCUUUAUGUCCUCUACAUGUAGUCUAGUUGGUAGGUUUUCUGUGAUGUCUACUGUUUUAGCAGGAGUCUUGGAUUUGUUAGACUGAGUAUGAAUGGAUGAAGAAACUUGACUGAAAUGAAAAUAAAACCUAUUAUUCUCUC